CCUUCGCUCGGCCCGCGAGCGCGCCGAGGGCAGCGAGUAGGCGGCGGCGGCGGCGGCGUCGGUGCGGGAAGGAAUCCGCGAUGACCGGGUCCAACGAGUUCAAGCUCAACCAGCCGCCCGAGGAUGGCAUCUCCUCGGUCAAGUUCAGUCCCAACACCUCCCAGUUCCUGCUGGUCUCGUCCUGGGACACGUCGGUGCGCCUCUACGACGUGCCCGCCAACUCCAUGCGGCUCAAGUACCAGCACACGGGCGCCGUGCUGGACUGCGCCUUCUACGACCCGACCCAUGCCUGGAGCGGGGGGUUAGAUCACCAGCUGAAGAUGCAUGAUUUGAACACUGAUCAAGAAAAUCUUGUGGGAACCCACGACGCGCCCAUCAGAUGUGUUGAGUACUGUCCGGAAGUGAAUGUGAUGGUUACCGGAAGUUGGGAUCAGACGGUUAAACUGUGGGAUCCGAGAACGCCGUGCAAUGCUGGGACCUUUUCUCAGCCUGAGAAGGUCUACACGCUCUCUGUGUCUGGAGACCGGCUGAUCGUGGGCACGGCGGGCCGCAGGGUGCUGGUGUGGGACCUGCGCAACAUGGGCUACGUGCAGCAGCGCAGGGAGUCCAGCCUCAAGUACCAGACGCGCUGCAUCCGCGCCUUCCCCAACAAGCAGGGCUAUGUGCUAAGCUCCAUUGAAGGCCGAGUGGCCGUUGAGUACCUGGACCCCAGCCCUGAGGUGCAGAAGAAGAAGUACGCCUUCAAGUGCCACAGGCUGAGAGAGAACAACAUUGAGCAGAUCUACCCUGUCAACGCCAUCUCCUUUCACAGUGUUCACAAUACAUUUGCCACAGGUGGUUCUGAUGGAUUUGUAAAUAUCUGGGACCCAUUUAACAAAAAGCGGCUGUGCCAGUUCCAUCGGUACCCCACCAGCAUCGCGUCACUUGCCUUCAGUAAUGACGGGACCACGCUUGCAAUAGCGUCAUCCUAUAUGUAUGAAAUGGACGACACGGAGCAUCCUGAAGAUGGUAUCUUCAUUCGCCAAGUGACAGAUGCAGAGACGAAGCCCAAGUCCACCUAAUCACCGCCUGCUUUGCUUUUCCACGCAUGCAGGCUUUCCCCAUCCCCUCAGGGAUGCCUUGUAGUCUUUGUGGACAUGUGUUUUGUGGGUUUUUCUGUCUCAGCUCUAACACGAUGCAGAGGCCCUAGGAAGUAGUUGGAAGAAUUGCCCUGCCUCCCCCCACCCCCUUAAGCCCAGUUAGCGUUUAUAAGUACUUUGAGUUCUUUUUUGUAAUACUCUAAAUGUGUUAUUUCCUUGCUAAUAAAUCAGAAUUCAGAACCCUCAAAUAUUGGAUGUUUUUAAAUGCUGGUAAUUAAUGUAAUUUUCUACUUGAAAGGCUCUGUAAAGCAAAGCUGCCUCCGCCAAGGGCACGUUGAGGGUGACAUCUUGCCUCUAAGUCCACUCUGUGUGCACUCUGACGAAUGCGGGCCGUUAGCCCUGGAGGCCAGCUCUGCUGGAGUUGGGCUGUUCGCUCUGUGCCUCCCCAGUGGGCCAGUGAGCUCUCUGAGCCACUGCAGUUGUGCGCUGGACGGAUGCAGGCUGUGGCGGCCUUUGGGGGCCUCCUCGCUGCCAGCUUGCCUCGUGCCAGAGUGGUAGUGCUGAGCUCGGGUGCCUGGGCUGCGAAGCAUGUCCUCACAUGGCUGCUCACACACCCUGCUGUCUAUCAGGGGCCAGGGCGGCCAGCUGGGAGCCCCGCCCCGGGGUGCUAAGUCAUGUGCUAGCUGGGCCUGACUGAGGGUGUGGUUGUCACAGCUUGGUUUGUAAACAUUGUAUAACCAGAAGAGAAUAUAGUAUCAGAGGUGCCCAAAUGAAAGUGAUGUUGAGAGCUGUGUGUGAAGUUUUGUGGGGCCUUUUUUUCCUCGUCUCUGGAUGGUAGAGUGAAUCUGCCCCUCCCCCCGGAAGCCCGCUCUCCCUCAUCGGUGCCUGAGGGUCUUUGCUCAGACUACCCAGCUGUGGUUGCCUUGGCUUCUCAUUAGUUUUCUUGUUUAGAUUUUUAAACUAUCUCCUCUAGUUCUGUUUUCAAACAUAGUAGCUAUCAGCAAGGAAGAAAUAACACUGAUUUUCAGCCCAGAACGUAGCAGUCACCACAGUACAUGUAAUGGACGAGUUUGUCGAACAUAACCUGCACUUGAAUCAGGUGUUUCUGUACCACAGUUACAGGAAGUGACAUCAUUGUUGCCUGUAAUUUGCAGAAAAUUGCCACAUAAUGUGAUGUAUUUCUGUUUCUUUAUUUUUAUAAAACAACUUUACAACUAGAUAGAUUCCACCUGCUGGCUCA